CAUGCCUGUGGUUAAAGUGGAGAGCGAUUCUCCCUCUGAAACCACUCUUCCAGUGAAUGACAGUCAGAGAGCAGAGCCGCAAAGAGGACGCCGGAGGAAGAGGCCCCUUCAGCGAGGCAAACCACCAUACAGCUACAUCGCCCUGAUCUCCAUGGCCAUUGCCAACUCGCCCGACCGCAAACUCACUCUGGGAGGGAUCUACAAGUUCAUCACAGAGAGGUUUCCUUUCUAUAGAGACAACUCCAAGAAAUGGCAGAAUUCCAUCCGCCAUAAUUUGACGCUCAACGACUGUUUCAUCAAGAUCCCCCGAGAGCCCGGUAGACCCGGAAAAGGCAACUAUUGGGCACUGGACCCCAAUGCCGAAGACAUGUUUGAGAGCGGAAGCUUUCUGCGACGACGAAAACGGUUCAAACGCAGCGACUUCACUACGUAUUCAUCAUACGUUCAUGAGUCUCCCGUCUUCUCCCCAGUCCAGAUUGCACGCUCAGCCUACGCCAACUCAGUCUACUCCAACAUGGCCGCGAGUCCGCCAUAUGCACAACAGCUGCCUUCUGCCUACUACCAGUCCUCCUCUCCUAGCUUCAGUGCUGGUCAGUCCAGGGUCUUCAGAAUCAACUCUCUCAUUGGGUCACCUGGCAGGAUGGGCCAAAGUGCAGAGAUGAUGCCUCAGCAGUCUUGUCGCAGUUUCAGUCCUGAGAGUGGCUCCUGCAGUUUGGGAGUACCGGGCUUCCAGCAUCAGUCCUGCAGCGGGGAGACAGUGCUGUCGUGUUGCUCAAGCUCCUCAAACAACAUGGCCUUUGCCUACUCCAGCCCAGGACACGGACAGACUCAGGUAUCGUAUCCACAAGGCAGCACCCAGGCCUACGGGCCAACAGGGAGGGUGGCUAUCUCCAGUUUGUCUCCCAUUGCUGGUGAUGCUGUGGGGGACCCCUAUGGUAGAACCUCCCCUGCACAGCUGGGCUCUUUUGUUCAGUACAAUAAUUCUGGUCCAGUAGGAAGCUCAGGAGCCUACAUCAGGCAUCCGGCUUACUCGGGUAACAUGGACAGGUUUGUGACUGCCACCUAA